CGGAUCUCCGUCACCUGAACCAUGGGGCCCUCUGCUGCCGCAACGCCGCCGCCGGAGUCUGCAGGCUCCUCCAUCAGAGCUGUAAACCUCUAUCAGAGACACGCGGUGAGAUGCAGGAAGCGUUUGAUGACAGUUGCGCAGAGGGGAGGAGUAUCAGGAACGUCCCGUCAGACCACUGUCACAUGAUCGAUUACGUCACAGCUGACUAGAGGGGAUGUGAAUUUACAGCACCCGAGUACGUGAUCUUAAUUUCUUGAAGCACGAGGAAGUGUUCGAGAGUCACCACUGGUCCGAACCGAGUCACUCACUCAUGCGAUCAUCAUCGCGAGCGGACAAUAUAAAUGGCGGGAGAGACAUUCACAUCGCUAAGGUUGUGUCGUCGUCAUCUGGCUCUGUUACGGAGAUGUACUCGCUUCACAAAUCCCCAAGUGCUCGACCAAAAGGCUUUCUCAUCAACGAGAGUUGUAAAGAGUCACAGGUUCUUUAGGAAGCUGUUGACUGGCCUGUCAGUGGGCGUUCCUCUCGUGGUUGGGGUGCGAUAUGUGGUCUCUGAGCCCAGAGAGAGGAGGAAGAUAAAGAUACUAGCAGAGGGAGUUGGGCGCUUCUGCAGGUCUCUGUAUGUUGGGCUCGUGAUAUCAGCAGAUUACUGGUGGACAUCCAACAUUGCUCUGCGUGGCAUGGAUGAGAGCAGUCCGGAGUAUGCAAAGAUCAUGUCAUCAUGUCAUCAGAGAGCAGCCAGUAGCAUGGUAGAAGGAGCCAUUCAGAAUGGAGGGCUGUAUAUUAAGCUGGGACAGGGCCUGUGUGCGUUCAACCAUCUUCUACCUCCAGAGUACACCCAUACACUGCAUGUGCUGGAGGACAAAGCUCUCAAUAGGAGAUACAAAGAGGUAGAUGCUUUAUUCCAGGAGGACUUCAACAUGACUCCAGAUCAGAUGUUCAGGACGUUUGAUCAUGAGCCUGUGGCUGCUGCAAGCUUGGCCCAAGUUCACAAAGCAGAGAUGCAUGAUGGGACACCUGUGGCUGUAAAGGUGCAAUAUAUUGAUCUCAGGGAUCGUUUUGAUGGUGAUAUCAGGACUCUGGAGAUUCUCCUGGAUAUGAUCAAAUUUAUGCACCCUAGCUUCGGCUUCCGCUGGGUCUUACAGGACUUGAAAGGAACGUUAGCACAAGAGCUGGAUUUUGAGAAUGAAGGCAGGAAUUCUGAACGCUGUGCAGUAGAGCUGAAACAUUUUAAGUUUGUUGUUGUGCCCAAGGUGUUCUGGGACCUGACCAGCAAGAGGGUUCUUACAGCAGAGUUCUGCGAAGGAUGCAAAAUCAGCAACAUUGAGGCGAUUCAGCGUCAAGGCUUGAGUCUGAAAGAUACAGCCGAUAAAUUCAUCCGCACAUUUGCAGAACAAGUCUUUUACACCGGCUUUAUUCAUGCUGACCCACAUCCGGGAAAUGUGCUGGUAAGAAGAGGUCCAGAUAAAAAAGCUGAGUUGGUUUUGCUGGAUCAUGGAUUGUAUGAAUAUCUUAGUAAAAGUGACAGAGCAGCUUUGUGUCAGCUGUGGCGAUCUAUAAUCCUGCGGGAUGAAGCCGGCAUGAAGAGAUAUGCAAAUGAGCUCGGUGUCAAAGAACACUUCUUGUUUUGCGAGAUGCUCCUGCAGCGGCCGAUCAACAUGUGGGAGUUGGGCCUGGGUAACAUCCUGACCCGAGAGGAGACGUUCUACAUGCGUGACAUGGCAAUGAAUCGCUUUGAUAGCAUCAUGCAGGUGUUGAAGUCUAUGCCGCGCCCCAUGCUGCUUGUGUUCAGAAACAUUAACACUGUGCGAUGUAUCAACAUCACUCUGGGAGCCCCAGUCGAUCGAUACUUUAUCAUGGCCAAGUGUGCAGUGAGAGGAUGGAGCAGAACGCAGGCCAGAGACACCAGGCUGCUGUCGAGACUGUCCGUCUUCCGCUGGGUCUGGUCCUUCUGGGAGAGCUUCAAGUUUGAAUUUGCUUUAAGGUCAGAGAUGGCACUUACGAGUGUCACUCGCUGUCUUCUUCAGCUGCUGUCAUACUGCGGUGUCAUCACACUGGACCAGGAUGUGUAUCAGUAUCUGAAAUGAACCGUCAGUGACCACAUACCUCAUUACGUAUCUUUCUUUCCAAUACUUCAGCACGUGUCUCACUGAAGGACAACUCUGAUAAACCUGGUUUAUUGAUACCCUUCAGACCACUAUAGCUUUACACAAGGUGCUCUUCUGUUUCAUAAUGUCUUUGUAUACUAUAUAUAUCCCAUGCUUGGACUGAUAGGGACCUCUCCCUAUCUCCCACCAUCCAUCUGUGCAAAGAUCAGGUGGCAAACUGCAUUACACAUAGAGCAGAUAUUUCUUCAGAAGACUUUUAUAGUGUGGUGUAUCAGAGAUGCUGUUGGAAUACAGUUCUUAUUUCAAUCAAGAAGCAGGGAGACCUACAUUAGUUGCUUGUGUAGUCCUUUUGUUUCAAACACUAGAAUAAUUAAUAAUAAUAAAACAAAUAUUUAAUGCUGGCAAAAAAAGAUCAAAGUAAACAGUGUAAACCAAAUGAUUUUUUUAGAAGAAACACAAGCAUCAUAAAGGUAAAUGGUUUCGCUUAAGACCUUUUACUUUGAGUUUAGCAAUUUCAGUAAACAAACUACAUUCAUGUCACAAAGAUUUAUUCAAAGAAUUGUGCCGUUUUAGAUUGUAUUUAUAUGUAUUCCAGUGCAGUAGCUUGUUUGAAAUGAUGAAUAUGCAAUUGAGGUAUAGCAGUAAGGUUAAGCGUUGAAUUUGUGAAAGUUUGUGUUGUGAAAUUCAGGAGCAUUUUCAAAAUUGGGAGCGUAAUCUCCAAUAAGAUAUUUUCAAUAUAAACCAUUUAUAAGUGUUAUUGUUUUCUUUGUUAAAUGUACAUUUUCCAGAAUCGCACAGAAAUCACUGAUGCUCUCAUGUUACCUGGAGGUUUUAAUACAGUUUUAAUCGAAUCAAUUUCAUAACGAUUAUUCAAAUAAGGUUUAUAAUAAGGUUCAAUUUGUUAACUAAAUUCAUUAACAUGAUUAACA